CGCACGGCCCUCAACUACUCAAGAUCAAAAUUCAACCCUUUCUUCCGUUAGCAUUCCUUCUCCUAUUCCUGUUCAUGAGCAUGUUAGCAUGACAAGCUCAUCUGGAUCGACAUCUUGGCUUCCAUGGCCAUCAUUACCGGAAAAGAUUGCAGGUCAUGGAAGGAGAACGUUCUUCUUUGUUGGAAUAAUAAGCGGAAUAACGUUAUCGUUAGGAAGUUUAGCAACUGCUUUAAUUUUAGCCGAUAUACGAGCACAUCGUAAACGUAAGAAGAGGUUUAGCAAAAUCAAUAAACGUUCAAAAGAUGAAAGAUCACAACAUAAUCAUCGUGCUGAUCUGAUCGAUAUUCGUGCUGGUUCUGUGGUAAAUGGAGUAUCAGGCUUGAUCGGAAAUACGCCUUUGAUGAGGAUAAACAGUUUAUCCGAAUUGACAGGAUGCGAAAUAUUAGGAAAAGCAGAAUGGCUUAAUCCAGGAGGAAGUCCGAAAGAUCGUGUUGCAAAACAAAUAUUAGAAGAUGCAGAAGAUGAAGGUUUAUUGCAUCCCAAUACUGGAAGUUGCAUAUUUGAAGGUACAGUCGGAUCUACUGGCAUUUCUCUUGCAACACUAGCAAAAGCGAAAGGGUAUAGAUGCUCUAUAGUCAUACCGGAUGACGUAGCAAGUGAAAAAAUGGACCUCUUACGUCUACUUGGAGCAGAGAUCGAUGCUGUCAGACCGCGUGGAAUCGUUGAUCCUCGACAUUUCGUAAACGAGGCAAGAAAGCGAGCGGAAGAAUUCGGAAAGGUUGAGCUGGUCGGACCACAUGCAUAUGAUGAAGGAUCAGAUGCGGGUAUAAUACCUGGCUGGGAUGGAGAAAAACGAGAUGAUCUUGUUGUGACGACGAAUGCAGAAAUAAGUGCAAAUACCGAUGAAAAGACGGUAGAUGAAAUGGAAUUGAAACCAAGAGGCUUCUUUGCCGACCAAUUCGAGAAUAUAUCCAACUUUUAUGCUCAUUACCAUGGCACUGGUCCAGAAAUAUGGCGACAAACGGGAGGGAUCAUCGAUGCUUUCGUGGCUGGAGCGGGGACUGGUGGAACUUUGGCUGGAGUUGCGGCUUAUUUGAAAGAAUCUGUAGCUAAAGCAAAUCAAUCGGGUAGCGAUGGAUCUGGAUCAGCAUUCUUUGGCGAUCAAAGGGAAAGGUCGAUCGAUAUCGUAUUGGCAGAUCCUCAGGGUUCCGGUUUAUUCAAUAGAGUCAAAUAUGGAGUCAUGUUCAAUCAAACAGAAGCAGAAGGGAAAAGGCGAAGACAUCAAGUUGAUACGGUAGUGGAAGGCAUUGGACUUAAUCGGCUAACAAAGAAUUUUGGCCUUGGAUUGGAUUAUUACGAUGAUGCUGUAAACGUGACAGAUGAAGAAGCAGUUAGCAUGUCGAGGCAUCUGGUUCUCAAUGAUGGUCUAUUCCUCGGUUCAUCUUCGGCUGUCAAUUGUGUGGCAUCAGUCAAAACCGCUUUGCGUAUCAAAAGAGAACGUGAAAAGAAUGGUCAACUAGACGAGGAAACGCCAAUUGUCGUUGUGACAAUCUUAUGUGAUCAUGGUUCGAGACAUUUGUCUAAAUUCUGGAAUGAUGAAGCGCUUACCAAGUUGGACAUCAAGAUUGAUAAUGAUAUAAGUACGAUCCUGGAAUAG